CCCAGCACCAGGGCAAGGCGCCUGCUUCCCCCCUCCAGCACUGCUGCUCCUGCUGCUGCUGCUGCUCUUGCAAAACUGGAAUUGGCUGGGAUUAUUUAAGGGAAAAAAAAAGGAGGAGAAGGGAUCAGAGCAGCCGCCAGAGAGAGGGCGAUAGAGUCCACUUUCCUCCAACUGCCCUGGGUCUCCCUCCCUCGCUCUCUCCUCUUCAGCAACACCAAGAGCCCCAAACUGAACCCAGAGCAGCUUUUUCCAUCAGUUCAGUUCCCUUCCCUCCCUCUGUCUCACACACGGCAAGGAGAGAGCCCCUUCCUCCCUUUGAUUUUCCUUCGCAUGCUCAGCCCCUUGUUUCCUUUAAAGCACUAGAAAUCCCCCUUCUUGCCCCCGCUCCUCCCUGCAGACUGGGAUUGCAAUGGGAGCUUUGCAGAUUGCUGGAUUUUCCAUCCUUUUCUUUCUCCUCCACUCUGGAAACACGCUGGCAAAUAAAGCCAGUCAAGAUGUUGACGAGUGUGUGGAGGGCACUGACAACUGCCACAUCGAUGCCAUCUGCCAGAACACCCCCAAGUCCUACAAGUGCAUCUGCAAGUCCGGCUACACCGGGGAUGGGAAGCACUGCAAAGACGUUGACGAGUGUGAGCGGGAGGACAACGCUGGCUGCGUGCACGAGUGCGUCAACAUCCCCGGCAACUACCGCUGCACCUGCUACGACGGCUUCCGCCUGGCACACGACGGCCACAACUGCCUGGACCUGGACGAGUGCUCGGAGGGCAACGGCGGCUGCCAGCAGACCUGUGUCAACAUGAUGGGCAGCUACGAGUGCUUCUGCAGGGAGGGCUUCUUCCUCAGUGACAACCAGCAUACCUGCAUCCAGCGCCCUGAAGAAGGCAUGAACUGCAUGAACAAGAACCAUGGCUGUGCCCACAUCUGCCGGGAGACCCCCAAAGGAGGCAUCGCCUGCGAGUGCCGCCCCGGCUUCGAGCUCACCAAGAACCAGCGGGACUGCAAACUGACCUGCAACUACGGCAACGGGGGCUGCCAGCACACCUGCGACGACACCGAGCAGGGGCCCAAGUGCGGCUGCCACGUCAAAUUCCUGCUGCACUCGGAUGGGGUGACGUGCAUAGGGGAGAGACACUUCCAGCAACACGUUAUCCUUGAGACGUUUUCUAAUGAGACGUGUGCUGUGAACAACGGGGGCUGUGACAGCAAGUGCCACGACGCGGCCACCGGCGUCCACUGCAGCUGCCCCAUGGGCUUCAUGCUCCAGCCUGACAGGAAGACCUGCAAAGACAUCGACGAGUGCCGGCUCAACAACGGCGGCUGUGACCACAUCUGCAGGAACACUGUGGGCAGCUUUGAGUGCAGCUGCAAGAAGGGCUACAAGCUGCUCAUAAACGAGAGGAACUGCCAAGACAUCGACGAGUGCUCCUUUGACCGCACCUGCGACCACCUGUGCAUCAACACCCCCGGCAGCUUCCAGUGCCUCUGCCACAAGGGCUACACCCUCUAUGGACUCACCCACUGCGGAGACAUCGAUGAGUGCAGCAUCAACAGGGGUGGCUGCAAAUUCGGCUGCAUCAACACUCCUGGCAGCUACCAGUGUACCUGUCCUGCUGGCUGCAAGCUGCACUGGAACAAGAAGGACUGUGUGGCUGGUGCUUGUCCCUUGGAGCUGGUGAAGUGCCUGCCAGGUUCGGUGCCACCACGGGCCACCCUCACGUGCAACAAGAUGGGCAAGAAGGACAGCUGUGCCCUUUCCUGCACCUCCAAGGCCCGAUUUCUGCCAGAGUCCGACAGCAGCUACACAGUGAGCUGUGGGACCCCCGUCCUGCGGCAGGGCCAGCACAGAGCCACCAACAGCAGCCAGCAGUGCCUCGAGACUGUGGCUGCCCCCGUCAAGCAGAAAGCCUCCUUCAAGAUCAAGGAUGCCAAGUGCCACCUGCACCCCCGGGCCAAGGGCAAGCAGGAGGAGGCCGGGAAGGCUGGGACACAAGGUGGCUCGGCACCGUGCUCUGACUGCCAGGUCACCUUCGUCAACCUCAAGUGCGACUCGUCCAAGAAGGGGAAGGGGCGCCGGGCUCGCAACUCCCCCAGCAAAGAGGUGACACGGAUCACGCUGGAGUUUGAGGCAGAGAUCAAGCCUGAGGAGAUCACAGCCAGCUGCAACCUGCACUGCCUGCGACAGCGAGUGGAGAAGAAGCUGAAGUCGGCCAUCAAAGCCCUGAAGAAAUCCAUCAACCAGGAGCGGUUCCUGCUGCGCUUCUCGGGGAUGGAGUACGAGGUGGCCCGGAAGCUGAGCGUGGCCCCGGAGCGGCAGGAGAGCUGCGGGCCGGGCCAGCAGCGCCUGGCCAGCAAGUGUGUCAGCUGCUCGCAGGGAACCUAUUACCACGGGCAGACGGAGCAGUGCGUGCCCUGCCCGCCCGGCACCUACCAGGAGAGGGAGGGGCAGCUCUCCUGUGACCUGUGUCCCCGCGGCGACACCUUCGGACCCAUCGGAGCCACCAACAUCACCGGCUGCACCGGUCAGUGUCCCCCUGGCCAGCACUCUGCUGAUGGCUUCAAGCCCUGCCAGCCGUGUCCCCGUGGCUCCUACCAGCCCGAGGUGGGACGGGCGCUCUGCUUCCCCUGCGGCGGGGGGCUGACCACCCGCCACGAGGGAGCCCUCUCCUUCCAGGACUGCGACACCAAAGUGCAGUGCUCCCCUGGGCACUACUACAACACGAGCGUGCACCGCUGCAUCCGCUGCGCCGUGGGCACCUACCAGCCCGAUUUCCGGCAGAAUUACUGCAUCUCCUGCCCUGGCAACACCACCACCGACUUCGACGGCUCCACCUCGGUGUCCCAGUGCAAAAACCGGCAGUGUGGAGGGGAGCUGGGGGAGUACACGGGCUACAUCGAGUCCCCCAACUACCCGGGGAAUUACCCUGCCAAUGUCGAGUGCACCUGGAACAUCAACCCCCCGCCCAAGCGCAAGAUCCUCAUCGUGGUGCCCGAGAUCUUCCUCCCCUCCGAGGAUGAGUGCGGCGACGUCUUGGUCAUGCGGAAAAACUCCUCCCCAUCCUCCAUCACCACCUACGAGACCUGCCAGACCUACGAGAGACCCAUCGCCUUCACCGCCCGCUCCCGCAAGCUCUGGAUCAACUUCAAAACCAGCGAAGCCAACAGUGCCCGGGGCUUCCAGAUCCCCUACGUCACCUAUGACGAGGACUAUGAGCAGCUGGUGGAGGACAUCGUGCGGGAUGGAAGGCUCUACGCCUCCGAGAACCACCAGGAGAUCCUCAAGGACAAGAAGCUCAUCAAAGCUUUCUUCGACGUGCUGGCGCACCCCCAGAACUACUUCAAGUACACAGAGAAGCACAAGGAGAUGCUGCCCCGCUCCUUCAUCAAACUCCUGCGCUCCAAAGUCUCCAGCUUCCUCCGGCCUUACAAAUAGCCCGCCGCGCCCCGCCGCCCCGGGCCGCCCCGCAGCCAAGGAAACCCUCUUGUCCCUUCCUUCUCCUUUCUGAUUUUUACUUCCUCCGCCUGGCUCCGGCAGGAUCGCCACUGCUCGCCCCGCAGACGUCUCCCCACGAUUUCCCCGCCGCUCCCUGCAGAGCUGCGCUCCAGCCGGAGCUCGCUCCGGUCUCAUCUGAUGGAGCCACUCCCCUCUUCCGAAGCAGAAGGUUUUAGGAAACUGAAGUAGUGGUCCUUUCGCUGUCCCGUGUCCUCCUCCCUUUGGUUUCCUUUACGCCAGCUCUGUCCCCGUUCCCUGGUGCCAGCAGCAGCCCAGGACAGUGAGGGGGGUCCCUGUCCUUGCAGCCCCGGGCAGCGCUCGCCGAGGAGCGCAGGAGGCGACGCCGCGUCCGCCGCAGCUCCCGGCGCCGCUUUGGGGGAAAAGAACUGACGAAGCCGACUUGAUGGAAAAGGAAAUGCAAAGGAGCGAUGGCAAAGCCCACCAGCGCGGCACCGUGGUGGCUCCGGCCCGCUGGAGAGCCGCGCUGGUGCUGCGAGGGAAGCGCAGCCAAGCCACGUUCCCGGAGAACAAUGUCUGGCUGCACGGGAGAAAACAGGGAGCAAAGGAGAAGGACUUUCAGCCGGGUUCGAUUUUUUUUCUUCCCCCCCACCCCGCCGCCCUCCCCACACACCCCAGACACUUGUGCCAAGAAACCAGACUUUGUUACAAGCUCUGCCAAAGAGUAACUCGGAAAAGCAAGCUUUGAGAAGAGCAGGAGUUAAUGUUUGUGCACUAGGAUAUCCUCCUUUCUACCUUUUUCAUAUGUAUUAAGUGCAAUCAUUUGAGUCUUCCUUAUAUUAUUUAGAGGGAAGUUGUUUUUUUUUUCCUACUAGAAACGACAAUAUUUAUAACUGCCUGAGAAACGAGAAUGUGUGUUUGCAAGAAAAACAAAAACCACCCAUCCAGAGCAAGCCGGGCCCUGGCCUGCGCUGACCAGCACAAUGGCAUCUUCUGGCGUUUUCUGCCACGUUUGUCCCUGAUAAAUGCCCCUCUCUGGGGGGACAUGGUGCCUCUUCUGCUCGGUGCAAUGGGGUGAGUUUUUGCAGGGAGUUGGAGGCGUCUUGGUUCAUCCAUGGGGGUGGAGUUGGUCCUUUCAGACUGAUCUGUCACAGUUUGGGUGUUCCAGUGCCAUUGCGAGGGGACUCAGCUCUGUCACCUGCUUGUUGCAAACUGAUUUGUUUCCCUGCAGGGGCUCAGGGAUGAGCCAGCACCUGCUGAGGAUGGGUUGGGGAGCUGGGAGGAGAGGGGAGCUGGCCCUUCACUCAGCCCCCAACUCUCUCCCCCAGGUACAGCAAUCCCCACCUCACAGACCUGGGGAGCUUUUGUGCUUCUGAAUCCCACCAGGCAUUUUGGGCCCCAUCCCUGUGUGUUCUCACCCUGCAGGGAUGCUGUGGGAGUCCCUCCCUAGGGAGGGGGGUGCAGGUCCCAGGGAAGACCCAUCCCGCCACCCCUUGUUUCACUGCAUCUGCCUCCCCCAGACAGGCUCAGCUGGGGACAAUGGCCAGGUGGACACCGCUGGUGGCUUUGUCCCCCCAGCAUCUUCAUGUGGACAGAAGGACUCCCAGGGACAGGCAACUGCUACCACCUCUCCUCCUCCUCCCCAAGCCUUCCUCCUUUUCCAGCCCUGCCACCAGUUCUCAGCUGUCAUCCUCCCCACACCUUCAUCCUCAUCUUCAUCCUCUUAAAGACCUGGAGCUGCCAGGACUAAACAUGAUUGACCAGCCUAUAGCUCUGCCAGUGGCAGAUCCCUUCCAUCACUGUCCCCACUUGUCCCUCACUGUCCCUUUGCCCACACCUGAGCCCAGCCCUGCUUUUAACAAACCCAUUAUUUAUUGCUCUGCGUGUCCCACUGGGUCCAUCUUUCCUGCAGCUGCUGGUCCCUGUUUUCCCUCCUUGAUCCACGCUGCUCCAGCACCCCAGGAGCCUCUCCCGGGCUCUGUGAGGGGCUGAGCACUGGCACAGGGGCUGAGGUUUGUCCCCAGGAUGCGUCAGUUGGAAAAGUCUGUCCUGAUUCAUCCCAGCUGUGGAUUUUCCCCUGCUGCCGCCGGCUCCCAGCCUGUUUGGAAGCUCCACAGCUGUGGGCUGAGCUGUUUGUCACUUGGUCGCUGUCUGCAAGCAGCUGCUUUAAUGCACAAAAGCUGCUGGAGGGAUCUGGAGGGGUUCUGUGGCUCUGGGACAGGGGCACAGGCCAGUGACCUUUGAAAGGGUCCUUUGCAUUUAGACGGAAAAAAAAAAACAGCAGCAAAAAUAAAAUCAGCCCAGGAAUGACCAACCCUGCUGUGGUACCCCUCGUGCCCACCAGAGUUCAUGAACUUUGAUUAACUCUGGCUCAUCACCCCUGUAAUGUCAGGUUACAGGGGUGUCCUGGCUGUCACCUGUGUCACCUCACCAGCCACCUCUGCUGUGGAAGGAUGAGGUGGGCAGCACCUCCUCCUGGAACAGCCAAAGGCACCUGGUAAUGGUGCUUCCCCCUUCUGCUUUCACCAAACAGCUCAAAAAAGCCCCCAAAAUUCCACAGGGCCCCUGGAGCCACCCACCCCCACCUCAGAAUGGGUUUGAAAGGCUGAAACCCACAUCAGCCACCUCGGGGAUCAAGGUUUUGAAGCAGUCAAGAAAAAUUAGGGUUGUUGGGGUUUUGGGUUUGUUAUUUUUUUUUUCAUGUUGGAGUAUUUAUAUCUGCCUUUUGCAGCGGGCCAGGACUUGCCAUCUCCAGCAGAAACGAUUAAAGUGAUGAGCAAGAUGUAGUUCAUGAAGUUAUUUGCACUUGAUUAAAAGAAAAAAAAAUUGUUAUUUGAACUUUGUAAAAAGAAAUGUUUGCAUUUUGUAUUGUCUUUUUUUAAUUAUUAAAUGGAAUUUCUUGGUGUUGUGUUGAUCUUUCAAAAA